GCUCCCACCGAACGGGAGAGGAUAUCUGGUCGAGAGCUGAAGUUCGAGGCUGCCGUCAUCACAAUCUGUGCGACUGUCAUUCAUGCCUUGCUGGGCGCGCUGCUUUUGGCCUCUGUAGCCUCCGUGAUGAUAACUUUGCUAUACCCAGGGAUCGGCGAGAUCCUGAGACAUUUCCUUCAUUAUUCUUGGAUGCACUACACCCACUGGUAUGACAGGCAGACGCUGAAGCCCAUUGGUCGAUGGGACGCCUUCAUCCUUCACGUCAGAGACUUGCAGCUCAUCCAUGGCUUCCACGUGUCUAUUGAUGGCCGUCAUCAGGAGGACGGCUUCGUGACCAUCCAGUUCCAUGCCACGGAGGAUCCGUACAACGUGGUCGCCACACGCAGCGUCCCUGUGCGUGCAAUCAUGCAGAAGAACAUGAACCCUUUCGAGGGCGACAACGUGAACAUCAACAUCACCAGCUGGCGGUCAAUCCUUGUGGUCAACAUCAUGUACCAGCAGCAGAAUGGCGCGCAGCCGCAACGGGUUGCUGGUGGCCUCUGGGAUCCCUGGACAGGGCGCUUGCUACGAAAGUGCUUUAGCAAUGCAACCAUCUGUGAUCCGGAUCCAGGACAAGGUGGUAAGAUGAAACUCUGGGACUUCCAGGACCUCAUCGACUCCGACGGAAAGCCCAAAGAAGGCUGCUACGUGGAGGCGAGGGUAAACCUGUCGCCAUGCAACGGGCUGUUGAGCCUGCAGAUGACACACCUGGGCCCGAGGCCAGUUCUUGAAGAGAGAGAUGAUCCCAGCGAUCAGCCGAGCAAGGAGUCUGUGCAAGGUCCGGGAGCCAGCUGA